UUUUACGUUUCUGCAACGAUGUCGUAGGUUCAGUCGCGGUUCAGCCAGUUCACUAGGUCCCACACGGACAAGUUCACGACGCGAAAUAAUUACAUUUCAAUUCAAUUCACAACAAUUACGAAUAAUUAUUGAAAAUUGCAAGUUACGGCUAAUAAUUACCGAGAAUCACCAUAAUUACCGGCUAUUAAGUGUUACUAAUACAAAUUGUACAUGGAUAUUUAAUUUUUUUUUCAAGUUUAAAAGUGUAAGUGUUUUAAAUACUUUUGUGUGAAUUUUUCCAAUUUAAGAAUAAUAAGAGAAAUAUCAUGACGAUGAUGACUUGAUCAAUGUGCUUCCAGGCGUCCGAAAAAUGAAAAAUGAACAGAGGACAUUCGUCCUUGGGACGAUCCCGUUUUGCGUAGUUCUAGUUUUAUCGACGCUGACGUCUCCGAGCCGCGCAGAUUGCCCCGUAAACUUUCUGCAACUGCACAACAAAUGCUACUAUUUCAGUCGGGACGUCGAACAGUGGUCGGAUUCACAUUACCGAUGUGCUGCAUUUAAUUCUACGCUUGUGACUCUUAAAAGCAAACACAACAAUAAGAAAUUGGUGGAAUAUUUACGCCAAGAAAAUUUAGCAACUAAAGAAUGGUGGAUUGGCGCACGUUACGACUGGAAGCAACGCCAGUGGCAAUGGGGCGCAACCGGAAAACCGGUCAAGUUCAACCACUUCGUCCGAGAUCUCGCCCAGAAAACCAAACUGGAAUGGCACUGCGCAUUCUUAGAUCAGCGCCAACAAUACAAAUGGAAUGCAGAUCCUUGUACGCGCAAGAAAUACUUCAUCUGCAUGCAGAAUGACUUGGAUUACCAUGGUGAUAAUAAUAAUAACAUAGACAAUCAAAUACCUGUGAUUGUUUCACGGGACUUUUUAGAAGAAGAACAUUUGAAGAACGAGUUGAACGGAGAUAAUCAACCGGCAUUCAUAAUGACUGGUAUGAAACCACUUAAACCCAAAGGUAAUCUGCGUCCUGGGCGUCCACAGCAAAGAUACGCAUGUCCUAAGGGUUAUGGAUCUGUUCGUAAUUCUUGUUAUAAGUUUUCGAAGACGCAGGCGACGUGGCAGGAAGCUUAUUUCGCUUGUACAGACGAAUCGAAUGGAAAUGGCACAUUGGCUAUUAUACCUGACAAGAAGUAUGAUCGUGGGCUGAGGAGGUAUGCGAAACGUAUUGGGGCUAAGGCACAUGAAAGGUGGAUUGGAGGAAUUUACGAUUGGCAGACCACGGCGUGGAAGUGGGCUGCCAACGGGGUUAUUAUUCAGCAUAAGGAGAAAGAUAAAGAUGUUUUGCAUUGGCAUUGUUUGAUUUUUAGUCCGCUACUCACUGAUAAAUGGACGUCUGAUCAGUGUACAAUUAGAAAAUAUUAUAUUUGUCAAACGGCGCCGCAGGUUUAUGUUCCGAUGGAGAUGAAUAGAAGACCUGGGGCACAGAACAAGGUAAAUGUUAAGGAAGGUGAUGGCCAGAGACGGAAAGACAAGUUCGAUUACUCGGUGCUUUUAGAGUUUCGUAGGAAUAUGACGCAUCGAGAGCAACAGUUUCAUUACAAACAAAACUCGAGGCAAAAUAAAUCAAAUGCAGCAAAACUAAGACCUUUGUUGGUGUCUCCAAGAAAGACUGAUUUUAGUCAGUUGGAUGAAAGAACAAAGAUGUGAAAACUCAACUUUAACUUCGAAAGUUUUUAAGUUUUCAGUUCACGGAAUGGAAAAUAGAAGGAAAAUGCAUUCAACAGCGUGUAUUAAGCGGAAAGUUUGAUUGUAACGUGUUCACUUUUUAAUAUAUUGUUUGUUGUUUUAGUGUAUCUUGAUAAAUUGUUCAUAUCAAUGAUUAAUAAUGUAUUCUAGUGUUUUUAUUAAUGAUAUGUUAUUAAUGAGAUUUGUAUGUUCGUAUUGUUAAUAAAUAUUAUUUGUGUAAAUAUAAAUAA